UCAUCAUCAUCAUCAUCAACCAGUCCAAUGCUCGUCCUCCAGUUCCUCACAGCAGCUCUUACCAUCUCUCUUGCAAAGGCGAAUCCCGUUGCCAUUGACGUGCGCAACUGGGAAGUCCCUACUGCGGAUGGGAACCUCAAACGUGGGGAGUUGGUUGCUGCGAGUCCCGCCAGCCACUACGCUGAAUACAUCCCAAGCCCUACCGAGACUAGCCUGACUCGCGCAUACUACGAGGAACGCGCUACCUGCCUCGACCAGUUCGUAUGGUAUUGUUCUAUACCUGCGGCGGCAUGCAUGGCUUUCGUGGCCAACCCUCCAUCACCUCUUACCGUCUGGUCUUUCGUACCCUGUGGCAUUGCCGCUGUUUGUGGAUCGGUUGCUCUUGUGCUUGGAGCUCUCUGCUGCAACGGCAUCAUCAAAAAAUGCGACCAGACCGCAAUCUAUGCAUCUGCUGCCCAAGCCGUCAGCGGUAACGUUAUCUCGACCUUGAACGGAAAUGCAGGUUCAGACAAACCUUUCAAUCGGGCAUCGUUCAGGAACUCGCUCAAUAGUUUCUUGAGUAGCAAGAAAUCUAACAUUCCAAACAAUGCUGAAUUCGACUCCAUGUACAACACCUUCUUGGCUCGUAUUUACUGCGCCAAAGGGGAUCGUAAUUGCAACCCAGGUACCGACUCCGUCCCAGUCAACCUCUUCAACAACUACCUCCACAGUCCUUAAAUUCUUUUCACUUCGGGAUUAGUA